AUGACUUGUCCCUCGUCCCUGAGAGGUCUGAGCUCCUGUUACCAUGCCCUACUUGGGCUACGGCUGCUACACUUGUCCAUCUACCACCAAGAUUCGUCCAAGUGUGGAAAUGAAGGUAGCUCCCAGAGGCUGAGUCAACUCGCCAAAGGGCUCCCUGAGCCGGAGCUCCCUCGUGCGCCCUGGGGGGCGGCAUAUGGCGCCCUCUCACCUACCCAAGAAAAAGAACUGGCUCGCCAUUCAAGAGCGCACGAGGUCCCAGAGCUGGGGAGGGGGAGUCUCUGGGGGAAGAGCUUCUCUCCCAACGCGAACGGGGAGCCCUGCUUAUCUUUCCCCCACCCCACCUCCGCCAUCCUCAGCGGGUGCAGCAGCCGUUGGGUGGGGAGCAGCGCGCAGAGCCGCACCAGCCUGCGGAAGCGCCCCAGCUCCCGGCAGAUGAAAUAUGGGGCUGCUGAAGAGCUGCGGAGCGUUCUCCGCACGGAAAUCGCUGACCUCGGCUGCUGCGCGCUGCUCCUCGCCCUGACUGUUUUGCGCAAAGCGAAAGUGGUGGCGGUCCGCAAGCCCUGGAGAGCCCUGACCCGGAGUGGUGCCAGGGAAGCUAGAUAA